CGUGCGGUAUGUCGGCCCUUUGCUGGGGCCGGGGCGCAUCGGGGCUGGGGAGAGCCCUGCGGUCCUGCGGCCGCCGUGGCCUCUUGGCUGAGGAAGGGACCCUCAGUAUCGGCCCAGGCCCUAGGAGGAACUACUCUGCCAGCCUCUGUGAACAAGAACUCCGGAAGGACUGGGGCCACGUGGAACUGCUAGAGGUGCUCAAGGCGCGGGUACGGCAGUUACAGGCCGAGAGUGUGUCAGAGGUGACAGUCAACAGGGUUGAUGUGGCUCAGCUCCCUGAAAAUAGUGGCAGCUUCCAGCCACCCAGAAAAGCCCAGGUAGGGGCUAAGGGUGCUGCCCCAGGGUCUUCUGGCCGCUGGGCAGAAAAAUUGGACAAGGAGAAGCAGACCUUGCAGAAACGUAAGCAGCGGCUGGAGGUGAAGUUGCAGAAGCGGGCCCAGAAGCUGGCCCAGAAAUUGAAGCCUAAGCCUCUGCGGAUGGAGCCCCGGCUGCUGAGUGGGCAGCUGGCUGACUGCCUGUACCACUGGGUGCGGGGGACCCCUGAGAGUCCCUGGGAGGAACAGCUGGCCCAGGCACUGAAGGAGGCCCCUCAGAAGCUGAGCCUUGAAGAAAAGCAAGCCCUGGAGGACAAAGAGGUGGAGGUGCAGCUCACACUCCAGCAGCAGAAGCUUCUGGCCUUCUUCGAGUGUUGCCUGCUCACUGGCCACCUGCCCCUUGCCCACCACGUGUUGGUAGACCAUCAUGGCAGGCCCAACAAGCAGCAGCUGCUCACACUUGCCAUGUACAACACUAUCAUGCUUGGCUGGGCUCGACAGGGCUCCUUCAAGGAACUGGUAUAUGUGUUCUUCAUGGUGAAGGAUGCUGGCUUCACCCCAGACCUGCUGUCCUAUGCAGCUGCUCUCCAGUGCAUGGGUCGGCUGGACCACAAUGCCAGGAUGAUCCAGAGAUGUUUGGAGCAGAUGGCCCAGGAUGGGCUGCAGCUGCAGGGACUCUUCACAGCUGUGCCCCUGUCUGAGGAGGAGCGGUCCAUGCUCCUGAGGGCAGUGGUCAAGGCUCAGCCCACCUUCAGCCCACCGCCUCAGCCCCCACCCCAGGUCAAUACCUCAAUGCUGCUCAGGGAGAUCUACGCCAAGGAUAGCCCCGUAUGCUACCCGAAGUUGCACCUGCCCCUGAAGACCCUGAAGGGCUUCUUUCAGCAGCAGCUCCACAUGGAGCUUAACACUACCAUCUGUGUAGAGUCUGUGGAGAAGGCCCCAGUGCUAACCGAGGAGACUGUGCAUGCGCGGAAGACCCUGAAGAACCUGCGUAUGCAGUGGGAGGCAGCACUGCUCCGAGCUCUGCAGGAAACCAAGGCCACCCAGGCCCGUGAGGCACAUGAGGGCCGCCCCACACUCUACCCCUUCUUGUGUCUGCUCAGUGAGCAUGAAUUUGUGCAGCUGCUCAUGCAGACCCUUCAGGCGCUGCCUGCCCAGGGUGAGUCCCUUGUCGCCCUGGCCCAGGAGCUGGGCAUGCGGGCCUUCAACCGGCACAUGGUGCAGAAGCAGAGGCUCAACAACCAGGUGCAGGUGCUGGAGCAGCAGUACACGCAGUACCUGCACCUGCUCGCUGCGGACACACAGGUAGCUGAGCCUUGCCUGCCUCGGCAGUACUGGGAGGCACUGGAGCCGCCCAAAGCCCUGCGGGAGCAGCCCUGGCCUGUGCCUGUGCUGCUGCAGCUGGGCAGGCAGCUGGCUGAGAUGUUGGUACAGGCCGUGCAGAUGCCAGGCAGCCUGGCUGCACCCCAGGGCUCCUGCAGGCUCAUUCCGGUGCUAUACCAUGUGUAUUCUUUCCGGAGCUACCGCCAGAUUGGCAUCCUGAAGCCACAUCCAGCCUUUGUGCAGCUUCUGGCAAAAGCAGCAGAGCCUACACUGACCUUUGAGACUGUGGACGUGCCCAUGCUGUGCCCACCCCUGCCCUGGACCUCCCCUCACUCUGGUGCCUUCUUGCUGAGUCCGACCAAGCUAAUGCGCGCAGUUGAGGGUACCAUACAGCACCAGCGGCUGCUGGAGCGCUGCCCACCUGCUGAGCUACAUGGUGCCCUGGAUGCUCUCACCCAGCUGGGCAACUGUGCCUGGCGUGUCAAUGGGCGCGUGCUGGACCUGGUGCUGGAGCUCUUCAGGGGCAAGGGCUGCUCCCAUCUUGGUGUGCCGCCCCCAGCCUCUGAGGCACCCCGACCACCGGAGGGCCGCCUGCCACCUGAUGCCCCACCUGCCCGCAAGGCUGAACUGCGGCGGGAACUAGCCCGCUGCCUGAAGGUGGCCCGCGAGAUGCACAGCUUGCGCGCAGAUGCCCUGUACCGCCUCUCGCUGGCCCAGCAUCUGCGGCACCACGUCUUCUGGUUGCCUCACAACAUGGACUUCCGUGGCCGCACCUAUCCCUGCCCACCACACUUCAAUCACCUGGGCAGUGACUUAGCACGUGCCCUGCUUGAGUUUGCAGAGGGCCGCCCACUUGGACCCCAUGGCCUUGAUUGGCUCAAGAUUCACCUGGCCAACCUCACUGGGCUCAAGAAGCGUGAGUCGCUACACGAACGCCUGGCCUUUGCAAAUGAGGUGAUGGAUGACAUCCUGGACUCUGCAGACCAGCCCAUGAUGGGCCGGAAGUGGUGGAUGGGGGCAGAUGAGCCCUGGCAAGCCCUGGCCUGCUGCAUGGAGAUCGCUAGGGCCGUGCGCACCCCCAACCCUGCCACCUAUGUCUCCCACCUUCCUGUUCAUCAGGAUGGGUCCUGUAAUGGUCUGCAGCAUUAUGCCGCCCUGGGCCGUGACAGCGUAGGUGCCGCCUCUGUCAACCUGAUGCCGUUGGAUCUGCCACAAGAUGUGUAUAGUGGGGUGGCUGCACAGGUGGAAAUAUUCCGCAGACAGGAUGCCAAGGAGGGCUUGCAGGUGGCCCAGGUGCUGGAGGGCUUCAUCAGCCGCAAGGUGGUCAAGCAGACAGUGAUGACUGUGGUCUACGGGGUCACCCGCUAUGGUGGGCGCCUGCAGAUUGAGAAGCGCCUCAGGGAGCUCAGCGACUUCCCCCAGGAGUUCGUGUGGGAGGCUUCCCACUACCUUGUGCGUCAGGUGUUCCACAGCCUUCAGGAGAUGUUCUCAGGCACCCGGGCCAUCCAGCACUGGCUGACUGAGAGCGCCCGCCUCAUCUCUAAUGCAGGCUCAGCGGUGGAAUGGGUCACACCGCUGGGCAUUCCCAUUGUCCAACCCUACCACCAGGACUCCAAGGUCUUGGUCAAAGGAGGGAUUCAGAGCAUCACCUGCAACAGUGGCAAGGACAGCAGCCAGAAGCCUAACACACUAAAGCAGAAGAAUGGGUUCCCCCCUAACUUUAUCCACUCUCUGGACUCCUCGCACAUGAUGCUCACGGCCCUGCAUUGCUACAGGAAGGGCCUCACCUUUGUCUCUGUCCAUGACUGCUUCUGGACCCAUGCUGCUGAUGUCCCCAUCAUGAACCAGGUGUGCCGGGAGCAGUUUGUCCAUCUGCAUAGCCAGCCCAUCCUACAGGACCUGUCCAGGUUCCUGGUGAAGCGGUUCUGCUCCAGUCCCAGCCUCCAGCACCAGAGCCUGGUCCAGCGGAUGCAGAUCACUAAGCUGAUGGAGAUGCUGCAGUCUGUGCCUGAGACAGGGACCUUCGACUUGGAGCAGGUGAAGCAAUCCACAUACUUCUUUAGCUGAUGUCCCUAGGCUUACAGUGGGACCAAGCCCACUGUGUACCAUAUUGUAAAUAAAGUUAAGUUGUCACCCACAGGA